CUCUGUCUGUCUACCUGUGUGUCUGCAUGGUUAUGAAGCUAACAAAGGAAGUGGCCUUGUGCUGUGUGAUGUGUGUAUGUGUGUGCGUGCACGUCGAAGACGCGUCCGUCGCCGCGCUGCGCCGUCGACUGAGACCUAGAAUCUUUUUCUUUUCUCUUCUUUUGCAUAAUGCUGUGUUACGUCAAAUUCUCAACGUGCGACUUUCGCGACACGUCAUCACGGUCUGUACCAUGUCGGGAUACCGUACCGUCUGUCAGUCGCAGGUGACGAAUCGAACGAGAUGAUAUGUUUCUAGCCGUACUCGAAUAUAUUGUUUACCUUUUUAAAAAUGCAUCUUUUUAAGACCGUGCAACCGGCACACUUGGUCCGUGUAGAGUGGAGAAGUGCUCGCGCGUUUGGCUCGGAUACGCCGUGUCCGUCGAGACGAAGUGCAGACGCUGAGGUCUUUCCUAGUGACUAAUCCUGUGUGUGUAUUUACAGACAGUGUGUUUGAUGACCGCAUAUUUUGUACUCGGUCACACACAACUCUGAUUUGAAGGCGCUGCAGUGGAUGCUGUUUGUGGUUGGGGUUCGUCUAACUUUCUGUCUGUCUGUCUGUCUGCCUGCCAGGAAGUGUCUGUCUGUUCAUCCGUCCAUCCCAUCUAUCUACCUAACUAUCUAAAUCCAUCCCAUGUGUCUGUCCAUCCCGUCAUCUGUCUAUCUGUCUGUCUGUCUAACAGUCCACCUGACUCUAGAUCUGUCUGUCUUUCCAUUAGUACGUCUAUCUGUGUCUGUAUAUCCAUGUAUCUCUUAAUUUCUGUUCCUUGAGUACGUCUGUUAGUGUGUCUGUCUGAUUCUGUAUCAGUGUCCGUCUAGGUAUAUAUGUACAUAUCCGUCUGUCUGUCUUCACACCGCUCGUCUUCUUCUAGUCAUACGCAGUCAAACCAGUAUUUAUGGUAUUUGUCUUCCUUUGUGAUAUCCAGUUUCUUUGUCUGACCAGUAACCGCACAGGAACGUGUAAGGAGAGCCGAUUCGUAGAACAAUUCAGUCCGCUUCUAUUAAUCGCGUAGUUUCGAUAUGGCACGCACAGGCAACCGAGGGCAAAUGAAGCUCCGCCGAUGAAUAUUUGAUCGUCUCAGGAGAAGUGGUGCUUGCUCAUCCCAUCCACAGUCGAGCAGGCAGACGAUCUGAUUGAUUUUCACCCCAGGAAGGGGCUCGGGACUUGUUUCGAGCUAACGCCUUGGAUCAAGAGCGAAGGCGUUAACAGACUCCUUGUUCUUCGCUUUAGUUCGGGCAGAAUUCAAAUUUCGACCGUACUGACCUCACUGACUUGACUCGUGUAAGUUCAGAUCUCUUCAAGUCGCUGCAAGAACAUCAGCUUGGAGUUUCAAAAUGAGCCGGACGUCACGUCUUCUUCUAGAGCAGGUGACUUUAUCGCCGCGCGUCUCACCUAAAGAUUACGGAUCUGUUUCGCUGGUAGUUCUUAGAUAUAAUAUCGCAAACCUCCAGUCAGUCGGGUAGGACACUGACCGCUGAACCACUACAUCCUGUCAAGCUAAUUCUCAAGAACUCACCGUCACAUCCUCCGCUAAAAAUAGCCAUCUGCUGCAUACUUGCCAUCCCUAACACGAGGCCCGCGACGACUGAACGUAUAUCCGAUGGAUCGGUAGAAUGUAUCCGGAGCUCAGCCUUAUUGCCUUAUUAUAGUGUGCACUAAUUUUGACAGUACCUAGUCAUCUCAGAAUAAGGUCAAAACAGUGGCUUUUUUUUUUUGAUCAGAGAUCCCAUUUACGCACUUGUGGUCGACUAUCGUGAAAAAUCGUCUGGGGUUUUGAGCUGAUGAGCUCUUUUCAGUUGGCGUACACUCAGCUGGUUGCGCAUUCAGCACACAGGAAGGAUCAAGAGAACGAUAUACAUCACCCGCUGAUCAACACCAUGACGCAAUCAGCUGAGGAUCUGAGGAACACCCACACGAGCUUGAGAGGGCUGCUUCUUGAGCACGAAACAGAAUCAUAAAGCGCUAAAUCAGAGUGGCGACGCUGAGCGCCGUGUAGAUAACCUAAACACUGACAUCAUCGGCUGAUUCUAUGGCCAACCUGGAAAGUCCCGGUGAAAUGUGAAAUAAGAAAUUCAAUCAAGGUGUGUGCGGUAUGUCCGUGGAUGAGCAGCCGGAGGGCCCGAUGUACGUGUAUGAGUCGACGGUGCACUGCUCCAAUCUCCUGCUGGGCCUGAACGAGCAGCGUGAGCGCGGUCUGCUCUGCGAUGUCACCGUGCAGGUGGAGGGCAAGCAGUUCCGCGCCCACCGUGCCGUGCUGGCAGCCUGCAGCGGGUACUUCCUGCAGGGCCUGGUGGCACAUGGUGACAACGAGCUCAUCUUCACCAUGCCCGAUGAGGUCACUGCCAGGGGCUUCGCUCCAUUGUUGCAGUUCGCCUACACAGCCAAGUUGCUGCUCAGCCGGGAAAACAUCCAGGAAGUGAUACGCUGUGCCGACUUCCUGCGCAUGCACAACCUAGAGGACUCCUGCUUCCGUUUCCUGGAGGCACAGCUGCGGAGUGAGGAAGACGGGGCCCUGCUCAGCCAAAAGGUGGCACCAGAGAGCAACCAUUCAGAAGAUGAGAGCAUGCAAGCUGAGGCAUCGGCCAUGACAGCGAAUGCACCAGAGACUUGGGCCGCUUCUCCACGCUCUCGCCGCCAUCCAGAUGCCCUCACUGCUCUGCGGCGGCCAGAUCAUGAGCGGCUGGCAGUCAACGCUGACUUCCCAGAUGGCCAAGUGGACUCAGAACAGCAGGUCCCCUCGGAUCUGCCACGUUACCCCAAGUACAGGAAGUGGGAUAAGCACAACCGCAAUGAGAGCUCCUCACAUACCAGUAGUACCUCAGGUUUCCCAAGCACAUUGCUCAGCGGGCCAGCCGUGACUCACAUCAAACAGGAGCCGCAGGAGGGCGAGGACGAGCCCAUCACACUGGGUCUGUCAGGCGACGAGGAUGAUGGCAGGGACAAGGACAAUGGCACGGUCGACAUGGAGUUGGAUGGCAAUGGACUGCAUGGUCUCUUCAAGCACGGCAUCUCUGAAUUGGCCAACACUUCCCAGCAGCUUAAUUCCAGCAGACUGGCCUGUGCCCAGGUCAAAGCAAGCACUCAGGGAGAGCACAAAAAUGACUACAGGCCUUCGCAGGUGCCUGUGGCCUUCCCCAAAGAUGCUGACAGCUUCUCCACGGGACUGUCUCUGAGGCCGGCGUCCUGUGAUGGUGUAUGUAAGCAGGAUACGGAGUUAGACCGGCGCAGCGUCAUCUUUUCGUCAGGAGCCUGUGAGCAGCUGCCCACACCUGCCCAUUCCUACCCAGGCAACAACUCCCAUGACAAGGAGUUGGCCAACCACCUGCCCAAAGGACUGUGUUUUGGAGGCAGCCAGUCGCUGCCUAGUUCGCAGAACUUUACCUCCGGUGCUGCUUCCGGUGACGUGCCGAUGCUCAUGUGCCGCCAAAGGCCCAACACCAGCUGCCCUGUGCCCAUAAAGGUGUGCCCACGCUCACCGCCCUCCGAGACACGCACCCGCACCUCCAGCUCCUGCUCGUCGUAUUCCUAUGCUGAGGAUGGCAGUGGUGGCUCUCCCUGCAGCCUGCCCCAGUUCGAGUUCUCCUCGUCACCCUGCUCCAACAUGACUCGUUGCAUGCCAACUGACCCACAGGAACUGGGCACAGGUACUGACGCGCUGUUCGGCCCAGCAAGGCCAAAAAUCAAGUGCGAGCAGGCAUACGGAACCAACUCAAGCGAUGAAUCUGGAUCCUUCUCUGAAGGAGACAGUGAGUCCUGCCAUGUUCAGGAGCAAGGAUCAGAAAUCAAGCUUCCUUUCCCCGUCGAUCAAAUCACAAAUCUUCCACGCAACGAUUUCCAGAUGAUGGUGAAGAUGCACAAGCUGACGUCAGAGCAGCUCGAGUUUAUCCACGACGUGCGCCGACGGAGUAAAAACCGCAUCGCCGCCCAGCGCUGCCGGAAGAGGAAACUCGACUGCAUCCUCAACCUGGAGUGCGAGAUACGCAAACUGGUAUGUGAGAAGGAGAAGCUGCUGACUGAGAGGAAUCAGCUGAAGGCGUGCAUGGGCGAGCUGUGGGAGAAUUUCUCCUGCCUGUCUCAGGAGGUGUGCCGGGACGUCCCACUGAGCCCCGAGCAAGUCCAGUCUCUCCAUCACUACUGCCCCGUCCUAAGGCCCACCUCCGACAACACCUCCCCCGCCCACCCGUCAGUGCCGCCCACCAGCAUCGACCUCACCACCAACUCCAGAGCCGCCACGCCCGAACCUGAAUUCGUCAAACCGCCUACUACAAACGACACGCACCAGGCACCAGCAGCAGCCCAGUGUCACGUAGGGAAUGGCGAGGGGGAGGAGACGUCAUCCAGCUCCGCCUACAUCGAGGCAGGUCAUUCCUUGGAACAGUCCAAUCAGACGGUGACAGUAGACUUCUGUCAGGAGAUGACCGAUAAAUGUACCACUGACGAACAGCCGAGAAAGGACUGUGCCUAGUGACAGUGUUUGUUUGUUUGUUUGUUUGUUUUGAAUUUUUUUUUAACCUUUUUUAUUAUUUUUAAAAAAAAAAAAUUCUUAUUAUUUAAUUUCGUUACAUUUUCUGACAAACCCCUGAAAGUUUAUGGGGUGUUAAGAUGGUCAGCCUCUGCCAGUGUUCUAUGAAUCUUUUUGUUUGUUUGUUUGUUUGUUUGUUUGUUUUUAUAUAUUUAUGUCUUUUUUUUCCGUGUGUGUCUUUUCGUUUUGCCUAUUUUUUUAACGGUUGACACUACAGUUGUCUUAACAGCAGCAAUACUGUUACUCCAGGUUCUCUCGGGCUCAGGCACGGCUGAAGAGUCUCGCGUAAAAAAAAAAAAAAAAAAAAAAGAAAAGAAAAAGAACAAAAAAAAAAGAA